UGCUUCUUCCUCAGAUAUUUUCUCAUCCAGAAAAUUACAAAAACAUGAUUUUCAGUUUUCACCAAAAAAGAUAACAAUAAAUAAAGGGACAAGCCACUGAAAUUCAACAGCUUUUUUCAAUUUGUUCCAACAACUCCAUGAACUUUGCAUCUUCAAUUAUAUCACAGCCAUGGCCACAAUUGUGAAGCUCCACGUUUUCCCAGAGAGUUUGAGCGAACACAGAACGAUGUUGCUCAGGAGGGGUUUUGGUUCCUCCACUUCUUCACCUGGGGUACUUGGUUUUGGCCAUAAUUGUGAUGGGUUCUCUGUGAAACAGUGCAGGGCGUUUAGGAGUGAAGAUGGUGGGGAUUUGAAGGAGAAAAAGUUUAGAAAUUUGAAGAAAAACGAGGUGAAAACCAAAAGGGAAAGUGGAUUUUGGAGUUCCCUCAAUUCUCUCAUGUUGAGGAAUUUCAUGGUGGUUUCAAAGUCAGAAGAUGAGUAUCGCCAAGCUUUGGUGAAGGUGGAAGAGGUGCUAUCCUCUAUUGCCAUUCAAAUUGGAAGAUAUAUUGUGACUAUGAUGAGCACUGGGGUCAUCCUUGCAAUUGGAUUUCAGAUGUCAGGUGGAGACAGUCAGAUGGAUGCACUGAUAUGGUAUAGCUGGCUUGGAGGAGUUAUUAUUGGGACAAUGAUAGGUGCCAACAUGGUGUUGGAGGAACAUUGUCGUGCUGGUCCACGUAAUGUUGUCAUAACAGGAAGUACAAGGGGAUUGGGUAAAGCCCUGGCUCGAGAAUUUCUUCUUUCUGGAGAUCGCGUAAUUGUUACCUCUCGCAGCCCUGAGUCUGUGCAAGCAACUGUCAAAGAGCUUGAGGAAAAUCUAAGGGAAGGCAUUGCCACUGCAGUUGGCUCAUCUCUGACAAAGCUUUCUCAUGCAAAAGUGGUUGGCAUUGCUUGUGAUGUUUGUGAGCCUAAUGAUGUGCAGAGAUUGGCUAACUUUGCUGUCAAUGAGCUUGGUUAUGUUGACAUUUGGAUAAACAAUGCUGGAACAAAUAAAGGUUUUAGACCACUGCUUCAAUUUAGUGAUGAAGAUAUUAAACAGAUUGUCUCAACAAAUUUGGUUGGAUCUAUCCUUUGCACUCGAGAAGCCAUGCGUAUUAUGAGAAACCAGGACAAGGCAGGUCACAUAUUUAAUAUGGAUGGUGCAGGAUCUGGAGGCUCUAGCACACCCCUGACAGCUGUAUAUGGUUCUACAAAGUGCGGCCUUAGGCAACUUCAAGGAUCACUAUUGAAGGAAUGCAAGCGAUCCAAAGUAGGUGUCCAUACAGCAUCUCCAGGCAUGGUUCUUACAGAUCUGCUUUUAAGUGGCUCAACUGUCCAAAACAGGCAAAUGUUUAACAUCAUCUGUGAGCUUCCUGAAACUGUUGCUAGAACAUUAGUUCCACGGAUGCGGGUUGUUAAGGGAACAGGCAAAGCCAUAAGUUACUUGACACCUCCCAGAAUCUUACUUGCUUUGGUCACUGCUUGGUUACGACGAGGUCGCUGGUUUGAUGAUAAGGGAAGAGCAUUGUAUGCAGCUGAAGCAGACAGACUUCGAAACUGGGCCGAAAAUCGAGCCCGAUUUUCUUUCACUGAUGCAAUGGAAAUGUACACAGAGAACACCUGGUUAUCAGUCUUCUCACUUUCAGUUGUUUGUGCCUUCAUAAUUCUUUCCAGCACCGGCAGCAAUAUGCCUGGAACUUGAUGUCUUUCUGCCAAUUAGAAAGUGCAUCUAAUCAUCAACACAAUAGAAUGAAUCUACACCAUAAACAAGGUGGAUCUGUUUUUUCCCACCAUGUCCACCUCAAAUCCUUAAAACAAAUAUCUUUUAACAAUCUUAGUUGUCAGUAACCAUGAGCUCAGACAUGUGAUUCCCAAUGCUCUAUAUGUCACAUGCGUCCUUUCUGUGCUCUAUGUAUAGGCUACCCUACAAUGGAGCAUUCUCCAUUGAGAUGCCUAUGGUCAUUGUAUGUUCUAUGUAUAGCCUUUCAUUAAAUUUGUAGACUCUAGUGAAAAAUCAUAUUUUAUUUUCUGGUUCAGUAUAUUUAUUUGAAUAUAUGUUUAUUUGGGAGCUUAACUCUGAAAAUUUGUAUUGGACAUUGGUUAGCACUUUUGGAUAAUGCUAUA